CGAGUUCGGAAGGAGUGACGCCAGACGCAACGUGGGUGGUUCCCCUGUUAGAACUGCAGAACUUUCCUCCUUGCAACGAAAGCAGGAAGGAAAAGGAGGACACAGAUGGAGGGGGACCGGCUCGGCGUACCCCAAAGCACAGAGGACCACUCCCAGCGGAGCAGCAUCUCUUCCGCAGGACCCCGAAACCUGGACGUCCUGGUGUACCUGAUCGAUGACACGGUGGUUCGGCUAACAGUGGACAACCUGCCGUCAGUCACAGCCCACGAGCUCCAUCGGAUUGUCUUGGAAACCCUAAGGUUGCCUGAGGGGGCCCUGGAGUUAUUUUCUCUGUGGCUGGUUUCACCCUUUCUUGAACUGCAGCUGAAGCCCAAACACCAGCCCUACAAGGUCUGCCGUCAGUGGCAGGACCUCCUCUUCCGCUUCACCAGCUGCUCCAAGGAUGAGAUCUUCGAAGAUGAGCCAUCACUGCAAUUCCGAAGGAACAUCUUUUUCCCAAAGAAGAAGGAGGCCCAGAUCCAGGAUGAAGCUGUCCUGCGUCUCUUGUAUGAGAAGCUAAGUACAACAUCCUGGAAGGGCGGGUACCCUUGUGACCUGGCGGACUGCGAGGUGCUGGGAGCCUUGGUUUGGGUGAACUUGGGGCGCUACGAUCCGGAGCAGCACACGCCAGUUUCUUGAACUUUUUCCUCCCACCUCAGAGAGAGGCUGGACUCUUUCCUGCCUUCCCACCUUUGCCGAAGAGGCCACAGACUCCUCUCGUCCCUGUGGAAGCGAGGCAGUGCCCACUCGCCUGCAGACGAACAGGGCCUGCUGCGAGCUUUCCGGGAGUUGCCUGAAGAGGAGGAGGCCUGCGAGGACCGGGCUGCCCUGCGCAAGCUUUACCACUCCUACCUGCAGAAGUGCCACGAACUGCCUCAUUACGGAUGUGCCUUUUUCUAUGGGGAAAUUGACAAGCCCGCCCAGGGCCUGCUGCAUCGGGGAGGGCGCAAGGCGGUAGUGGUUGCCAUCAGCCUGGAGGGCGUCUCCAUCAUCGACAGCAAGGAGAAGCACAUCUUGCUUGGCCUGGCCUUCCAGGAGCUGUCCUGGGACCACACUUUCCCCAACGAGGAAGAGCACAUCCUUUGGCUGGAGUUUGAUGGGGAGAACGAGGGCACGCCCGUCAACAAACUCCUGAAGAUCUACUCCAAGCAGGCUGAACUCAUGAGCGGCCUGAUAGAGUAUUGCAUUGAGCUGAACACGGCUGCCGAGGGGGGAGCUCUGGACCCCAGCGCUGCAUCCUCCUCCUCUGCGUCCCAGAGCCCCCCAACUGGCAGGCGGCACCCCAAGCUCCAGCGGCAGAACAGCGUCCUCUGCAGCCGGAUCCAGCAUCUUUCAACCAUAGACUACGUUGAGGAUGGGAAAGAAAUCAAGAGGGUGAAACCCCGCCGGACUACCUCAUUUUUUGGCCGCCAGUUGUCCAACGCCCCCACCUCCUACUCGGCUGUCCGGGUGGCAGAUAACCUGGAGCAGGGCUGACUGCCUUCAGCAGGUGUCUUUAUUGGGACCAGUCGACUUGGGGCGGAAGGGGGGCAGCUAAGAUGCUGGCAUUCUAACCACCUUCUGGGAUUGGAGCCAAACCCUCCUCCCUCCAAAGUCCCCCCCCCACACACACACCCAGACCAAUACAUCUCAAGUAACUUUUCUCCCCAUUUCUGAGUUUGUUCUCAGUGUGCAGCAGAGGAUCCAGGCAGCUGUUUGUCCUUUGAUGGCUGAGUCCUGCUCUGCUUUCUCUGCAAAUUGGGGGUUCUGCUGAGCAUAUGAGGUUCAGGGCAAGGCAGGGGGAAGAACAUUGGGGACCACUGUCAGAGGGAAAGCCGAGCUCUAAUCUUGCAUCAGAUGUCUGCUUGCCUUGAUCUGCCUCUUAUUCCAGCAGUUGCAUCUUCAGAAACUCUUUUUGCAGACCAGAUACUUGUUUCAUUCAUUUACUUCAAGCCCCACUACAUUUUCCCUGCUCCUUACAGAGAGCCUGGUGACUGGGGAGCUACAGGAGGGGGAACAUUUGAAGGAAGCAGGGCUGGGAGACACCGUUUCAGAUGCAAGUCAGAGCAUGUUUAUUUGCAGAACAGUUUGUCUGCCUGAGAUGCAGCUCCGGUGGGUGAGCUCUGUCCUAACUACACCUCCCCACACCCAGCUACAGCCCCCAAUGUUGGCAUUCUGAAGGGGUUUUUUGUCUGCACAUCUGCACAACUUCUGCAUUCAUCGUAAAUAACACCCCCCCCCAAAAAAAAUAGGUUCCAGUUCCCUUGAAGUAGCCUGAACAUAGCCAUAUGUUGGUACUGCUGCAAGGAAGGAUUUGUGCAACACGAGGGCUCCACACAUUUUAUUUCUUUUUGCCUUUUACAGAAAAUUUAAUUUCACUCCAGAAUUGUAACAGGGAAUGUUAUUAAGCAUUUUACCUUAGCAGGCCGGGAAUAUUCAAAACAAAGGUGUGUUCUGAGAGAUGUGAACUCUAGGGGAGAAAUGUGCCAUCUUUCCUUUUUUAUAUUUGGGUGUUUAGAAAGGCACAAUUGCAUUUGCAGAUAGGGAACAGCUGGAUCGUGAUGUGUGUACACAUACCCCAUCGACACUUUUGGAAGCCUUCCAGAAUUGGGCAAGAAAUUAGUGGUGUUUAGUGCAUCUAUUAACUUUGAACAUUCGUACUCCGUUUGAGGUUGUGCAUUCACUUCUGUACUUGGGAGAAAAAACUAUGUUGAACUGCUGCAAGCAACCUUGAACCCAAAGAACUUUUUUUUGUGGGUGGUGGAGGGUGGAUGUCGUUAAGUCUAGAAAAGCCCUAGUUUUGCCAGUUCAGGGACUGGGAAACUUGUGGCCCUGCAGAUGUUGUUGAGCCAGUGGUCAGUGCUGACGGGAGCUGGUAUUGCACAGAUCUCCUCACCAUUUUCCUUCUCCCUAAGCCCGCAGAGCAUCAGUGAGGGAUGUAUUUGCAGCUGGGUCCUGUCCUGUGAUUGCUCCCCCCUCUGCCAGCAUCUGUGCCUCUAAGGCCACUGCUGCUCUUUGUAACUUGCUCGUAGGGACCUGGGCAUUGACCUAGCCACAGAAAGCACGGUAGGAGAAACCUCAUCUUGCAAACGAAGUUUGGGGAAAGUGCCUUUUUUUAACUUCCAAAGAAUUACUAUGCAACGUGUUUUACACUAAUCUUUAUUUUCAGUGUGUGUUGACUCACUAACUUUGUAUAUAAGGAUCAUUUGUUUGUUGAAAUAAAGAUGUUGGAUCUGAG